UCAAAAUAUUCUCUUAAGAUUUCAUCUCUCCCUCUCUCUCUCUCUCUCCCUAUCUCUCUCUCAACUUAAGAGGGUUUUCGUGUUCUUGAGGGAGGUGUUUGAAAAGUUCCGACAAAGAGUGGAUAUGAUGUCUGAAUUUGAUGCUCUUUCUGGUCUCUCCACAAUCAGCAAUCUUAUUGGUCAACACCAUCCUAAUCCCAACCCUAAUCCAGUACUUGUUCCUCUUAAGAAGAAGAGGAAUUUACCAGGAACUCCAGAUCCCGAUGCAGAAGUAAUAGCAAUGUCACCAAAGUCUCUAAUGGCGAAGAAUAGAUUCAUUUGUGAGAUAUGCAAAAAGGGAUUUCAAAGAGACCAGAAUUUGCAGCUCCACCGGCGAGGGCACAACCUGCCAUGGAAGCUCCGGCAGAGGACGAGCAACGAGGUGAGGAAGAAGGUGUACGUGUGCCCGGAGAAGAGUUGUGUUCACCACGACCCGUCGAGAGCGCUCGGCGACCUCACCGGAAUCAAGAAACACUACAGCCGGAAGCACGGUGAGAAGAAGUGGAAGUGUGAGAAAUGCUCUAAGAAGUAUGCUGUUCAGUCGGAUUGGAAGGCUCAUUCCAAAAUUUGUGGGACAAAGGAAUACAAAUGUGACUGUGGGACUCUCUUCUCCAGGAAGGAUAGCUUCAUCACUCACAGAGCAUUUUGUGAUGCAUUAGCCGAAGAAAAUUCAAGAAUCUCCACAGUUUCAACUCUAAAUCAUCAUCCAACCUUCAUCAACAACUUUUCUCCUUCUCCUUCUUCUUCUUCACUAAUUUUCCGGCCAAACUUCCCCACCACCACCGUGAAUCACUCCAAUGUUAUCUCUGACCAUGGCGGCGACGACCACAAGCCCCGGCAACUGCCACUGUCGCCGCCGCAGCUCCCUCUCUGGCUCGACCCUCCACAAAAUCCCAACCCCUUUUUCUCCACCGCCUUCUCCGACCACCCUCCAUUAUUCUUGCCGGAAAAUCAGCAAUCUUUCUUUUCCGAGCCACUAACGACGACCUCCUCGUACCCGCCGCCACCCCACAUGUCCGCCACCGCGCUCCUCCAGAAAGCAUCUCAAAUGGGGCCCACCAGAACGCCCCCCACGCCGCCAAUUCUCUUCAACAACACCACCGCCGUCACAGCAUAUGGAAUGAACAACUCCGCCGCCGCUACCGCCGUCAUGUCGGAUGGCCGUCCGAUGAUGAAGCCGAUAAUGGGUGGCGCAAAAGAAGAAAUUGGAGGGCAGAAUUUAACCAGAGACUUCCUCGGCGUCGGAAAUCAGCCGGUGCAUCUCACGCCGGCGGGAUCCAAUCAAUACAGUGAUCAAAGCCGCCGCCAUUAGAGUGAAAAGCUUCAAUUUCAGCUCAAACACACAAGCCUUAAGAAAAUUCCAUCAUAAUGGAUAAUAGAAAUAAAUUAAAUUCGUGUAAUAUUCCUUUUUUUUUUUUUCUUUUCUUAAUUACCGUUUAAAUGUGACACAGAAUGGAACAAGAUCCUAACAAAUUAGGGUUGGAAAAUUUUCUUCUAUAAGCAAUGGAAUUUAGUUUUUUUU